UCCGGGGCAGGUUCCAUCCUAAGCCGCCCCCCACACAUGGCGGCGCCUGGAGCCGCCCCGCAGCACUCCCCGUUUCCAGGGCUAUCCCAAGGCUCGCCCCAGAGCCACUCGGCCACCGCUUCUCGCCGCUCCACUCACACCAGACCCCGCAGCCUGCAGCGCGGCCGCAGCGCCCGGGCCCGGCAGCAUCCCGGGGCCGCCCGCCCGCGCCAGGCACCGCCCCCGGCGGAGGCGGUGCCGCCCCCUCGGCGGCCGGGCCCGGCGGUGGCGGCGGCCGUGCGGGCCGGGGCGAUGGCGGCGGCGGGGAGCGUGUUCCUGAGAGCCCGCGGCAGGACUCUGACCGCCUUCCGCCCAGAUGCUGAGUACCAAUGGAAGGGACCCUUCUACUUCAUCCAAGGAGCAGAUCCUCAGUUUGGACUGAUGAAAGCUUGGACACAUGGAGACACUAAUAAUGGAGAUGAUGAAUGGGGAGAAGAAAUUAAAUUAGCAGAGCAAGCAGUGCAGGCCAUUAACAAACUAAAGCCUAAACCCAAGUUCUUUGUGCUGUGUGGAGACCUUGUCCAUGGAAUGCCAGGAACCCGAUGGAAAAAAAACCAAGAGCAAGAUUUAAAGAAUGUUCUGAAAAACACUGACCAGGACAUACCACUGGUAUUCGUCAGUGGGAAUCAUGAUAUUGGCAAUACUCCAUCAAGAGAAACCAUAGAUGAUUAUUGCCAGAACUGGGGAGAUGACUACUUCAGCUUUUGGGUUGGAGGUGUUUUCUUUCUUGUGUUGAAUUCUCAGCUAUACUUUGAUUCUUCCAAGUGCCCUGAGUUAAGGCAAGCCCAGGAUGCUUGGCUCGAUGAGCAGCUGGCUGCUGCUGCAAGCCAGAAAUGCAAGCAUAUAAUUGUAUUUCAGCACAUCCCUCUGUUUCUGAGCAAACCUGAUGAAGAUGACGAUUACUUCAACUUGGAGAAAUCAGUUCGUCAGGAGAUAAUGGAAAAGUUUCAUAAAGCAGGCAUUAGAGCUGUAUUUUCUGGGCAUUACCACAGAAAUGCUGGAGGGUCCUACAAAGGCCUGGAAAUGGUGGUGUCAUCUGCUAUAGGAUGUCAGCUGGGACAGGACACACACGGGCUCCGAGUGGUGGUUGUGACAGAGGAGAAGGUGGUGCACAGAUACUACAGCUUAACUGAACUGGGCAGCCAUGGCAUAGAGAAGGAGCUGCUGGAUCUGCUUGCUAAGCAGAAGUAGGCUGUGUCAAAAGAUAUUUUUCUAUGUUCGAUAAAUGUAAACAGUUUACUAAAGUUUCCCCAAGCAGAACUACAGAUUUCUGACUGCAGUGUCCCAGAACAGGUCUCAGUUUGUUGUCAUCCUAAAUAACAAGGAAGCUGUUGACAUGUUUUUCUUUUUGAAAAUGAGACCUAUGAGGAAUAUGGGAGAAGAGCAGAGCUAAUGAAGUAAUGUGUGAUUGAAAAGUACAAUUCUGAGAAUUUUCACUUUGCUCCUAGGUAAUGCUUCCUUAUUACAGAGAAACUGGUGUCUGUAUAACCCUUUAAUUUGAGAGGGUAUUUAAAAAUCAAUAAAUUUAGUAAUUUCUGUUACCUCCUGGACAAUAUGAAUGGGGGACAAUUUUACAGAAGAAAAUCUCAAAAUAUGUGAAAUCAGCAGCCUACUGCUGAAUUUUAGCAACUUUUGGAUCAUAUCCUGUUACCUUGGUGUCAUAUUUUCUCCCAUUUCCCACACUUUAUUUUCUUAGCUCUUCAGAGCCAGGAGCAAUAGGAGAGCAGACACAUUCUGGUUUGCAGUCACAGCUUGGGUUUCUGUUAUAUCUGUUAUAAAGUUUUAUAUAAUGUUAUAUAGUUUUAUAGUUUCCAUUAUAUAGUUUUAUAUAAUGAAAAGUCUGUAAAUGAGGCUGAUAUAAUUGUCACUGACAGAAACUAAAGGUGAAACAGCUAUUUCCAUUUUGAAAUUUCACUACAAUUCAGCUAGCAUAUAUCCUGGCUCUAGCUAUGGAAGUUGGAAUAAUUGCAUGGGGAGAAUAUUCUGUACAGAAUAUUGUAAUCAGAAGUCACUUUGUUGAUUCCUAGACAAAUGGAGAACUUUGAUUUCCAAAAGCAAUGCAAAGUGCUUUCCUGUAAGGCAAUACAGAAUACUACAGAAUACUGGAAACCCUAAAAAGUAUGCUUUCUUCACUGCAAUAAGUCUUUAAAAACAAGUUUAUAAACUAAUUUACAUGCUGCAAUCCACCUCUUUUUUUAGCAAAUGUAUCUAAUUUGUUGCAAAUAAAGACUCCAUGUAAUUAA